AUGAAGGCCUUUGCCGCUGCUGUUGCCCUCUUUGCAGGUGCUGCUCUCGCCCACCCUGCCGCCUUGGCUGCCCGUGAUGGCCCCUGUCCCGACCUUCUUUACAGCGUGGCCCAGUGCUGCUCUACUGAUGUCUUGGGUGUCGCUGACCUAGACUGCUCUACUCCCUCGAGUGCCAACGAUGCUGAGGACCUCAAGUCCAGCUGUUCUACCGCAGGUGCUGCUCCCAAGUGCUGCACUAUCCCGGUGGCAGGUUUGGGUGUUCUUUGCAAAGACGUCUAG